GGCAGUUUAUUUGCGACGAAGGAAAAGGGUGAUACAUAAUUGACUCACCUCUGGUCGCCGACUCGCGUGCCGCACCUGCUGCGUUGGAGUGUGGGAUUGAAGCGGCCGAUCUGUCCUGCUACACUGGAUAUGGGAUGGUCGAUUUGGAGAAGAGGAAGAGGAUGGACUUGGUGGCACCCUCAAACUGGAGAUGAGGAAAAGAACGGAGGCCUCGUCCGCCGAUCUGCUACUCUGGAUUUGGGAAUGGAGCUGCCGGCGGCAAGCCUCAGCAAUCGACCGGAGCCACUGUUGAUUUCUAGGGUUCGCAAGGAGGCAGGAGAAGAGGAAGCAGACGGCCGCCUCGCCCACCGAUCAGCCUCUGCUACUCUGGAUUUAGGAUUGGAGCGUCCGACGGCGAGCCUCAGCAGUCAACCGGAGCCAAGGCGGUUGAUUUCUAGUCUAGGAUUCGCGAGGAGGAAGGUGAAGAGGUGCGAGGUUGGGUCGACCCUCGGCUUGCCGCUGUCGAGUCAGCGGAAGAACUCAUCGCGAAAAUGAAAAAUCCCAAAACAAUAUUUUUUUUCCACCAUCCGAGUGAAAAACGACGCCGCAAAUGGUAAUGGACCGGAAAUCUAUCCUUCCGGUUGGACCACCGGCGUUUCGGGUUUUGACCGUCUUUGACCAUAGCUUAAUACCGGUGCUAUUAUUCCAGGCUUUCCAGCCGACUUUGCCACCGACACUAGGGAUAGGGAUGGCAGUAGAACCCAAAUCGCGGGUGUCCUACCCGAUCCAAUCUAGUCAACGCGAGUAAAACCCGCUUUGACGGAUAGCGAACCGGAUUUGGGUUUAAACCCGUUGUACUUUUUACGGGUUGGAUUGGGUUUGGGUUUAGUCAUUUCCAGCCAGUGAAUACCCGCACCCAAGUCCAUACCCCCACGACCCACAAAACCUUUAACUAAUUAUCUAUAAUUUUUCACACGUUCAAUUAAUGUUUGGGGAUGUUCAUCUUUAAUAUCAUAAAGGCAAAAUACACUUUCAUAGCCAAAACUAUUCGCGUUGUGACAAAUAUAACCAGUUUUUUAAA